UAAACUGCUAGCAACACUGUGGGUUUGAGCUACAUCUGUAGGAUAAAUUGUCACGAUGUCCGCUGUCAAAAUUCACAGGACACCUUUUAGGUGAUGUUUGUAGUAGAAAUGGGUCCACUUCAUGUUGAGAAGUGUCCUAAAAUGGCUUUGCUUUAAUCCACGUGGAUUCCGCGUGUCUGCCUGCCUUUCUGUCCAUGUACACACAUUAUUAUUUGCAGCCAUUUCUUAUAGCUUAUAUUCGAUACCCUCAAGUUAGCGGUCGCUUGGCUGCUUUUUUGUUGGCCCCAUGAGUAAUAGUGAGGACAGAGGGCAGCAGGUCAGGGAGUCAGAGGUCGACAUGAACCCGCCGAAGCGGCUCCGCACCACGGAAACGCUGACAGGAGGCAAAGAUCAGGAGGAGGAGAAGAGCACUGUGGAUGUGAGUAUUGUCAUGCCAGUGUAUAAUGCAUCAUGCUGGCUGGAUGAUUGUCUGCAGGCCAUAUUGGUCCAAGACUUCACUGGAUCCAUGGAGCUGUCGGUGUUUGACGACGCAAGCACCGAUGACUCGAAAAAAGUGGUGGAAGGUUGGAGGGAGAGGCUAGAGGCAAAGGGCAUCUCAGUGGUGAUCUCUGGUCACAACUCUGAACAACCUAAAGGAGUGGGAUAUGCAAAGAAUAAGGCCAUAUGUCAGAGUCGUGGACAAUACUUGUGCUUUCAGGAUGCGGAUGACAUUAUGUUGCCCCAAAGAAUUCGUCUGCAGUAUGAUGCGUCCGUCUUGCACAAAAACUCUCUGAUUGGCUGCAGAGUCCAGCGGGUACCAGAGGGAUCUACAGAGCGUUACACUCGCUGGAUCAACACACUCAGUCAGGACCAGCUCAUCACACAGGUGUACACCUCCCAUGGGCCCAGUGUUGUCAUGCCAACAUGGUUCUGCUCACGGGAAUGGUAUCAGAAAGUUGGGCCGUUUGAUGAGGGAGGCAAGGGAGUCCCAGAGGAUCUUCUCUUUUUUUACCAGAGUCUUCGUCACGGAGGGGGUCUGUGCCGGGUUGACCAGUGCCUCCUGAUAUAUCGUUAUCAUGAGAAAGCAGCCACUCACUCCGUAACUGAAGAGACUAUUUGGAAGCUGCGAGUAGACUUCCUGCAGGAGAGAGUUCUUAGCCAAUGGGAGAGCUUCACCAUAUGGAACGCUGGUAAACAAGGCCGAAAGCUGUACCGAUCGCUUAGCCCAGCCAAUCAGAAGAAAGUCAAAGCUUUCUGUGAUGUGGAUGAGAACAAGAUCCAGAAAGGCUUCUAUACAUACGAGGAGUCCAAGGAAAGGCCUAAGCCAAAGAUUCCAGUUCUGCAUUACAAAAACGCCUCUGCCCCUUUCAUCAUCUGUGUCAAACUGGACAUGACUGGAGGCGACCUGGAGGAAAAUCUAAAUUCUUUGCAGCUGAAGGAAGGAAUAGAUUAUUACCACUUCAACUGACUGUUCAGGGAGACGGGGACGACUGGAGGAGGUUUGCAGGUUAACAGGCAGUGGAAUGCAGAGGAAUACGUCACUUUCACAUAUAUGCAAACUGAGAAGUAGGCAGGUAAUAACAGGAAAAGAGUGAACACUGGAAAUAAGUGCACAUUUAAAAAGAUGAGGGUGGGAGAAGGCUGUCGUGUAUUUUAAGUCUUAAAAUGGGUUAAAUGCCAUUUUUUGUAGUUUCACUUUGAUAUAUCGGCUAACAAAGUCACAACAGGAUAUCCCAGCUCUGACUUUUUCUGACCCUCUCCUUAAGCACAGCACAAAGGUUUGUAAGGUUAAUUCCACAUUUCUUGCUGAGUGAUGAGUAAAGGUUGAUACCAGGCUAUAUAUAUUACAUCAAAGAAAAUAUAAAACCAAGUGAAAUGUAACAUAACAAAAUGUAACAUAACAAAAUGUAACAUAACAAAAUGUAACGAUAAUUACAGCCUAACACCUUUGAGUCUCCUUAUCUUUAAUACAUACAAAAAUGUACAUAACAGAUCAAAUGGAAACAAAACAAUUUAGUGUCUUACAAAGGUGCACGUUAUGUCUCACUUUUUGUACAGAUUAAAUUAAAUAAAUAUAAUUUUUCUGUA